AUGUCGGUUGUCCUCGCCCCUUGCGAGAAGUGCUUCGGCGACUGGAUCUGCGUGUGUCCUGCGAGAGCGAAGCGAGACGUUGUUCUGGUUGGUCGUUUGAUUAUGCUUGUUAUAUGCGUGCCGUAUGCAAAAAGUAUAAACAAUUUUACCCAGCUACUGAUAAAAAAUGAUGUCAGUGCUAACUGUACCAUCGGGUGCCCGUUUGGUGAGGGAUGCCAUUUUCUGCACUUUGUCCCUGGUGGUUACCCGGCAGUUGCAAAAAUGCUCAAUCUAGGUAGCCCUGCUGUAUCUGCGCCAUCAAGAACUCAUGUGGAUCAUGCCGCUCUUACCGGCGCCUCUCAUCCAGUUUCGACGGGCAAGACACGCAUGUGCACCAAGUACAAUACUACAGAAGGCUGCAAAUUUGGUGAUAAGUGCCACUUCGCUCAUAGCGAAAGAGAGCUUGGGAAGCCAGCCUACAUGUCUCAUGAAGGACCUCCUAUGGGUGGUCGAUAUGGAGGCCGACCUGAACCUCUGCAACAAGCUUACAUGGGCCCUCCAGCUGGAAACUUUGGUGCUUCGGCGACUGCCAAGAUCAGUGUGGAUGCCUCUCUUGCCGGUGGCAUAAUUGGUAAGGGUGGGGUCAACACUAAGCAGAUAAGCAGAGUUACAGGCGUCAAGCUCUCCAUCCGUGACCACGAGUCUAACCCCAGCCAGAAGAACAUUGAGCUUGAAGGCAAUUUUGACCAGAUCAAGCAAGCCAGCGACAUGGUGAGGGACCUCAUCGCCACCAUCAGCGCAAGCAUGCCGGUGAAAAACCCAUCUGCUGCCGCGGCGCCAGCAGGAGGCCGAGGCGGUGGUAUGGGGGGCAGGAGCAACUACAAGACGAAGCUUUGCGAGAACUUCUUGAAGGGUGCCUGCAAUUUCGGCGACCGGUGCCACUUUGCCCAUGGCGAGACCGAGCAGCGGAGAGGUGCUGCUUGA